AUGGUGAUGAGCUACCUGACCAUUUCUGCGACAUCCGUGGAUGUCGAACGCUUAUUUAGCAAAGGCCGACUUCUCCUGCCUCACAUCUGCAAUGGCUUGUCUGCGCAGUCAAUUCGCGCGCUCCUCUGUCUUGGGGAGUGGAGCCGGCUCGGGUUUGUGCAAGUUGCUGACAUAUUGGCUGUCACGUUGGGGCUGGAGGGCAAGGGUGAGGAUGAUGGCCUCUUUGAUGGUUGGGAUGCUAUCAUCCUGCCUGAGUUGGAGUAG